AUGCCAAACUCAAGUCAUGUCGCAAAUGGGCCUGCUCGUUUCAGCUCACUUGGGCACGCGCCACUGCGGGGCUCCCCCACUAGCCGCGAACCGCCCGUCCAUGUCGCCUCCCUGGCGGAGAAGAAACGGCUAUGGUGGACCAAUGCGUUCAUCAACGGCCUCUUCAUAGCUGGAUGGUUCUUCUUUGCCACACUCCUUUCGGUGUACAACAAAUGGAUGUUUUCACCGGACCGUUAUGGCUUCCCAUCACCGUUGUUCGUUACGACCGCCCACAUGUGGGUGCAAUUCGCGCUCGCCUCAUUGCUCCGGUAUACUCUGCCUCGGCAUUUCCGACCAGAGCAGAUUCCAACCCGCGAGGAUUACAUCCGUAAAGUUGUACCCACGGGCAUCACGACAGGACUAGACAUCGGACUAUCCAAUCUGUCCCUGAAGCUCAUCACAUUAUCAUUCUAUACCAUGGGCAAGUCGUCAUCCCUUGUCUUCGUGCUACUCUUCGCCUUCCUCCUUCGCUUGGAGAAAUUCUCAUGGCGACUUAUCGGCGUCAUCUUCCUCAUCUGUGCUGGUGUCCUCUUAAUGGUUGCGACGCAGACAAACUUUGUACUGGGCGGCUUCCUCCUCGUUAUCUUCGCCAGUGCUCUGGGCGGCCUGCGCUGGAGCCUCACUCAGCUAUUGCUGCGCAGCAAAAAUAUCGGGAUGAACAAUCCCGCCGCAACGCUCUUCUGGCUGACUCCUAUCAUGGGCCUCACGCUCGCCAUUUCAAGCGCAGUAUCCGGCGAUUGGGGUAAAGUUUCAGGCAGCGACUUCUUCGCAACGCCCGGGAAGGCCUUCGAGACCGCGUUCUUCCUAACCUGUCCUGGCGUUCUCGCUUUUUGCAUGGUUCUCAGCGAGUUCUACAUCAUCCAGCGAGCCGGUGUCGUCCCGAUGUCCAUAGCGGGCAUCGCGAAGGAGGUUACUACGAUUAUAUGUGCUGCUUGGUUCUUCGGCGAUGAACUGACCCCGCUCAAUAUCACCGGCGUAGCGAUUACGGCGUGUGGCAUCGGAUUGUAUACCUAUCACAAGUACCAGAACUUGAUGCAUUCGGACGUCGCGCUAGACCCUCACGGAAAUCCCCUCUCAGAGGAGGAGGGGGUUAUCUUAGACGGCGACGUGGCUCUUGAGAGCGGUGACCUUGCCGAGCGGGAAAGGCUGACCUCAAAUAUUGACGAUGAAGACGUCAAUGACGAGGACGAACGACAAAAUAGAGUUGUGAAUGCGGCGCAUGAUGCCAACGAGCAGUUGCUGUUCGCAGUUGAAGACGAAGAAGACGAGGACGAAGAUAUCCCUUCGAAGCACAGGCAGCGCCUAGACUCCGUACCUCCUCCAUAUCCAGGAAACGAGUCUGAUGUAUUACACGACGUCUGGCGGGGGCAUGAGGACAUACAUACUUCAUAAUACCAUCAUAUAAUCAGGGGGGAUGUUGGUUACUCGGUUCGCUAUUUUGCGUCUAAU